GUAUUGAUGGCGGUGGGUUAGCUGAUGCUAGCCUCACAGAUUCCUACUUUAGCACCAGCUUCAUUGGAGUUAAUGGAUUUGGAAGUCCCGCUGAAACAAAGUAUCCCAUGAUGCAGAGGAUGACAAAUAGCAGCAGCUCCCCUAGCCUUCUCAAUGACAGUGCCAAGCAGUAUGCAGGCCAUGAUCCACUAACUUCACCAAAUUCAUCCUUGUUUAAUGACUUUGCUGCUCUCAGCGUGUCUCAAAGGAGGAAGCUGGCAAAACCAGCGUUUCCUUCUUUUAUCACUGACUUGGAGGACAGAUACAAUACAGUCUUGCCCAGGAAGUAUCGACUGGGGAUGCUGGAUGAGAGGAUAGUUCCGGUGGGAUCAAAAGCAAGAAAAUCAAAGAACCCUAUUGGCUGUCUGGCUGACAGGUGUAAAACAGGAGUACCCAUCAAUAUGGUUUGGUGGAACAGAGUCACAGAAAACAAUUUACAGACACCGAAUCCUUCUGCAAGUGAGUUUAUUCCUAAAGGAGGAUCAACCUCCAGGCUGAGUAAUGUAUCCCAGUCAAGUAUGUCUGCCUUCUCUCAAGCCUUGUUCUCUCACCCCUCCAUGGGAAGUCCUGCUACUGCUGGACUAGCACCAGGAAUGUCCCUGUCUGCAGGAUCUUCUCCUCUUCAUUCUCCCAAAAUAACUCCUCAUACAUCUCCUGCUCCUCGAAGAAGAAGUCAUACUCCUAACCCAGCAAACUAUAUGGUGCCUACUAGUGCCUCUGCUUCUGUCGCUAAUGCUGUCUCUCAGCCUCCAUCUACUGGCCAGGUGAUCCAGAAGGAAACAGUGGGUGGAACAACAUACUUCUACACUGAUACAACUCCAGCACCUCUCACGGGAAUGGUAUUUCCAAACUACCACAUUUACCAUCCAGCUGCACCUCAUGUUGCUUACAUGCAGCCAAAAGCAAAUGCACCUUCCUUCUUUAUGGCAGAUGAGCUCAGACAGGAAUUGAUCAACAGACACUUAAUAACUAUGGCCCAGAUUGAUCAGGCUGAUAUUCCUG